AUGUCUACCAUCAUGCGCGCAUCCCGCAUCCGUAAGUCAGCCCCUCUCACUCCAAUUGCAAGCACUAACAUCAAGCCAGGCAAUCCCGCACUAUUGAUUUCAACAACGGACAAAAUGCUGCGCGCAGCAAACACCCUCAACAUGCCCGUCUACAUAACGACACAAAGCCGCGCCAAACUCGGCCCCACCGUUUCCGAGCUCUCUUCUCAGCUGACAGGACCAAACAUCCGCGCCGACGUCGACAAGACUCUAUUCUCGAUGGUGACCCCGGAAAUCGAGAAAUUGCUCCCUACCACGCCUUUGGAUGUGAUUAUUGUUGGAAUUGAGACUCAUAUCUGCGUUACGCAGACGACGCUCGAUCUUCUGGAGCGCGGACAUAGGGUUUAUAUCCUGGUUGAUGGUGUUAGUAGUAUGAAUCAGGAGGAGCGGGGAAUUGCGCUCGCUCGGCUGAGGGAUGCUGGGGCUAUUAUCACGAGCAGUGAGAGUAUUUUGUUUGAGAUCAUUGGUGAUGCGGGACAUGAAGCUUUCAGGGCUGUUAGUGGGCUUGUGAAGGAUACGAAGGAGAGUACGAAGGGGGCUUUGGGGGCUUUUUCGAAGAUAUAG